AUAUAAACCCCACCACGCCCCUCUUAUUCUAAUCCACAAAACCCAAGAAAAAGAAAAGGAACAGAAAAGGAUGAGAUCACGAGCUUGUUCUGUUUUUCUUCUUCCUCUUCGUCUUCUAUUGAUGCAUGGUCUCUUCUUGCCACUCACAAGCUCAAGAACCACCGUCCACAGAGGCCAAUUCCCUCCCUCCUUCUUGUUUGGCACUGCCACCUCCUCUUUCCAGAUUGAAGGGGCCUACCGGCAAGGUAACAAAAGCCUCAGCAAUUGGGAUGUCUUCUCACAUAUACCAGGCCAAAUAGAAGAUGGAAGCAACGCUGAUGUGGCGGACGAUCACUAUAAUCUCUUUUUGGAAGAUAUAGAGUUGAUGCAUGAUCUCGGGGUGGAUGCAUACAGAUUCUCCAUAGCUUGGUCUAGAGUUCUUCCUAAAGGAAGAUUUGGGGAGGUCAAUUCAGAAGGCAUUGAGUUCUACAACAGUAUCAUUGAUGUCCUUCUGGUCAGAGGUAUAAAGCCGUUUGUGACGUUGAACCAUUACGACAUUCCACAAUUGCUAGAAGACCGGUAUGGUUCGUGGUUGAGUUCCGAAAUACAGCUGGACUUUGGCUACUUUGCACGAGUCUGUUUCGAAGCUUUCGGAGAUAGAGUGACAUAUUGGACCACAUUCAACGAGCCUAACGUGUUCAUCUAUGAAGGUUACGUCUCGGGAACUUACCCGCCCGGCCGGUGCUCCUACCCGUUUGGCAAUUGCUCCCACGGCGACUCCGCUCUCGAACCCUACAUUGCGACCCACAAUCUGGUGUUGUCCCAUGCCACGGCCGCUGAAAUUUACCGGAAGUAUUACCAGGAAAAGCAAGGAGGAAUGAUUGGGAUAGUGAUUUCGGCUACAUGGUUCGAGCCAUACGACGACACUCCAGCCGAUCGUCUCGCUGUCUGGCGUUCUUUAGCUUUCUAUUUUGCAUGGUUUGUAGACCCUUUAGUAUAUGGAGAUUACCCGCCCGAGAUGCGUCAAGUCUUAGGAUCGAGAUUGCCAACGUUUUCGGCGGAGGAGCGGAAGAAACUCCUCGAGGUGAAGUUGGAUUUCAUCGGAGUAAAUCACUACACGACUCUUUAUGUGAAAGACUGCAUGUUCUCUUCAUGCACUUCGCCUUACUCUUUGGGGGACGCAUUGGCUGAGCGUCGACGCCUUGGUUCGGGUACAAAUUGUGAAUUUGGCGGGAGAAACUUGUGA